AUGUCGAAAGCAAAUGCAGCUUUUCCGAAUUCCUCCAAGAUCCUAAUGAACACUGAAUUCAAAAUUGCCUGUUUUUUAGAUCAUGACUUCAGUCUAGAAUUUCCAAGCCGUCAGAAGUCUAAAUCAGCGUAUUCCACUGUCAAGAUAAAUGGAGACAAAGACAUCGAUGCUCUCACGAUAUGCUUAUGGUUGAAACCGUCCUUGGGCUCGGAUCUUGGACUUCUACGCUAUUUUGAUGAAGCGGGGUCCGAUGUAUAUUUUGCAUUGAGGCUAGGUUCUGUUGGGCAGAUAUGGCUUUCGAUCCACGGUGAAGAUAGAGAACUAGAUAUCAUGCCUCAAAUCCAGAACGGCGAAUGGCAUGGACUAUGUGUCACAUGGAACAAAGAUGAUGGCCAUUUUCUGAUUUACUACGACGGUCGGUUAAUUAGAAGUGAAAGUGAUUUCAAAUCCGGAAAAUCAUUUUCCUCGAAGAAUACCUUUACUUUGGGAAUCGGAGCGGAGGAAAAGUUUAACUACACCGGUAUGUUAGGGCAUGUAAAUAUAUGGCCACGCAUUUUGGAGCACCCUCUCCUUUCAGUUCUUUCUUCCAAGUGUGGGGUAGAACGCGGAGGACUCGUUUCUUGGCCUCAGUUCCAGAAGGAUCUUCGUGGUGUUAAUUUGGGAGAAUCCUGUUCUUCUAAUGAAGUUCGUAUAACGCAUGAAGUGAAGCACUGGAAGCUUAAUGGAGAGGAUCAAGAUCUGAAGUAG